AUGGGCUAUUCCACUUCCCCUGAAGGCCAUCAGGUUUGCCGACAAGCUUGGUUCCAUCUAAUGGGUGCUGGAAAGAUGAGAAUGGCAAGGUGCAAGAGAACUUUUCAUGGACAAGACAAGAGAAUGAUUGGUGGUCAUGGGGGACCUCACAGCCAUCCAGCCGAGAAGACCGCCCUCUGCAAAGCCUUCUUCAUUCACAUCUACUGGUCGGCAGGAGAGACUAUGACCACUUCGGAUGCGCCCAAGUCUAUGCUAGAAGCAAACGAUGAUGACAUGAGGGAGGACCUCUUCCAGCGUCUCAUAGAUGCAAAACUCAUGGGUCCGACAAUGCAACUGUCAAACACUGAUCCUGGGAAUCUUCCAACACGGGAACUACCACAUGGCAAUGUUGCAGAGCUAUACAUGGUUUUUGUUGCGUUUUGUGGCAACAAAACACCAGCAAGUAGGGCCUGUUUCUACAAAGAGGCAAAAAGAUGGAAACAGUGUCUGCGUUUUCGGAGACCUCUGGCACAUUCUUUGUGUAAGACAUGCUCACAAUUGCAGGCUGCUUUGUCCAAUGCCACUGAUUUUUUACAGCAUGCCAAGAUAGCAGACAGGCUGCUUGGCCACUACUGUCAGCAAUGGAAAAAUCGGGAAUCCUACUGGCUUGCCCGAAGUCGGGCACAACAAGUUGGUGAUCCCUGUUGUAUGAUGAUUGACUCGUACGACAAAGCCAAGUGCAUGCUACCGAAAUUUCCCAGGGGACGAACGCCCAAGCAAGUGAUCUAUGAAUCAGUAAAGCGUACUUCCCUGACUUUGACUUGCAGCCUGAUUCAUGGAUUUGGCGUGUACAUCUACUUGGCUGAUGAAGGACUUCCUUGUGGGGCCAACUGGACAAUCGAAGUAGUGACUUGUUUGGUGCUUUCUUAG